AUGUAAACAGUGCCGAAUCACGUGACAAUCUAGAAAGAUGGCCUUCCUGCAAUGGAGAAGAUUCAACUUUUUUGACAAGGAGGUUCUGAAAGACAUUGAUACGGACCAGGUGUAUGACAAGUUAAAGGAUGUUAAUAUCUCGGCCUGUGUGAGUGGGCGGGGACAGCUGAUUGUGGGAGACCAUGAGGGCUAUAUGUACCUAAUCAACAAACAGCUCAGCCUGAAUAUGUUCAAGGCCUAUGAGAUACGAGUGUCCCACCUGUACCAAAUGAAGCAGCAUAAUCUUCUGGUCUCCAUAGGGGAAGAUGAACAAGGCAUUAACCCACUGAUUAAAGUCUGGAAUCUGGAUAAGAUGGAAAAAGGGGGACCACUGUGUACGAGAAUAAGCAGGGCUAUACCUAACAAUAAGGCCACACCUGUCACUUGUUUAGUUGUGCAUGAAAAUUUGAAUUGGAUGGCUGUCGGGUUUGAGAAUGGAAGUGUUGUUCUGUUUAAAGGAGAUGUCACGAGAGACAGACACAACAAGUCCAGACUCCUCCAUGAGAGUCCUAAACCAGUGACAGCCAUCGAGUUUAAGACCCAGGGGAAGAAUAUUUUCCUGUUUGUGGUAACAGAAGCCAGUGUUACAUCUAUCAAUAUCUCAGGCAAGCAGGAUGUCAAGAACUCAAUAGAGCAGUUUGGUGGAAAGCUGGGAUGUGUCGUGAUGAGUGACCACAGUCAGGACAAUCAGCUGGUAGUAGCCAGGCCGGACGCUGUGUAUUUCUACCAGACGGACAGCAGGGGACCGUGUCUGGCCUUUGAAGGGGAGAAAUUAAGACUGCACUGGUUUAGAAACUAUCUGAUUGUGGUUGGGAAGGAAGACAAAGCUCUACCCAGACCUGUUCAGAUAGGUGGCCAGACAAUGGAGAUGAACAUUGUGACAGUGUAUGACAUACAGAACAAAUUCAUCGCAUACUCCGCCCCCUUCCCUGAUGUCCUCGACGUCCUGUCAGAGUGGGGCAGUGUGUACAUUCUAGGAGGGGAUAGAAAGAUAUACCAGCUGCAGGAGAAAGAUACUCAGACCAAAUUAGAAAUGUUGUUCAAGAAAAAUAACUACACACUUGCCAUCAGUCUUGCCAAGAGCCAGCACUAUGACCAGGAGGGCUUGAUAGACAUUUUUACGCAAUAUGGGGAUCACUUGUACAGUAAGGGGGAUCAUGAUGGCGCCAUAGACCAGUAUAUAAAGACGAUAGGCAAGCUAGAGGCAUCCUACGUUAUACGCAAGUUUUUAGAUGCCCAGAGAAUCCACAAUUUGACGAAAUACUUACAAGCUCUGCACAAACAGCAGCAGGCUACAGAGGAACAUACCACACUCCUCCUGAACUGUUACACCAAGCUUAAAGACGUCAACAAGCUGGAUGAGUUCAUCAUGACGAAGGAUAGAGAGGUAGACUUUGAUGUGGAGACAGCCAUUCGAGUGUGUCGACAGGCAGGAUACUUUGAGCAUGCUAUCUUCUUGGCAGAGAAGCAUGGUAAACACGAGUGGUAUCUGAGAAUCCAGCUGGAGGACAUCAAACAGUAUCAAAAGGCUCUGGAAUACAUAGGCAAACUGGAAUUCAUUGAAGCAGAUGAAAAUGUAAGGAAGUAUGGAAAAGUGUUGAUGGCAGAAGUUCCCCAGCAAACGACGGAACUGUUGAAGAGACUGUGCACGGACUACAGACCAACUGACAAGCCACUUAUUGACCAAACUGUCAUGGAUGGUGGCAUAGCGAGAAUAGAGAGGGCACCUGCUGAGAAUUUUAUCCACAUUUUUGUUAACAACUCGGAGAAAUUAACAGAGUUUCUGGAACACAUGAUUAAGGUUCAACCCAACUCUCCAAGUCUGCUGUACAACACACUGCUAGAGUUGUAUCUACAUGAUAUUGUGCACGAAAAAGAUAGCACGAGAAAGACGGAGCGAGUGAGGAAGACGGAUGAGCUUCUGAAGAAUCCAGAUGCAAGAUAUGACCUUGACCAGGCCAUGGUUCUGUGUCAGAUGAAUGACUUCAAGGCCGGCAUUCUGUACCUGUAUGAAAAAGCUCACCUUUACCAACAGAUCUUGAGGUAUCACAUGGAACAUGAUGACUUCGUACAUGUUAUAGAGACCUGUAAAAAGUUUGGACAGCAGGACUCCAAUCUCUGGGUACAAGCUUUAUCAUACUUCGCCAGGAAAGAAGACAAUUGUAAGCCACAGCUAAUGGAGGUGUUGUCCCAAAUUGACAAGAAGAAUCUUCUGCCCCCAUUACUAGUGAUACAGACGCUGGCCCAUAAUUCCACCGCCACAUUGUCCGUUGUCAAGGACUACAUAAUUCGAAGACUUCAGAUGGAAAAUGAUCAAAUUGCAGAAGAUGAGAGGUUGAUAAAGCAGUACAGGGAAGAUACUGAUAAAAAGCGGGCACAGAUUGAGGAGCUGAAAACAACAGCCAAAGUGUUUCAGGCCUCAAAAUGUAACAUCUGUAACCAUCCUCUGGAGCUCCCAUCUGUUCACUUCCUGUGUGAACCGCAUUCCUAUCAUCAACACUGUUUUGAGAGUUAUGCAGAAAACGACUCGGAGUGUCCUGUCUGUGCUGCAGAAAAUAGGAAAAUCAUGGACAUUAUAAGGGCACAGGAACAAAGCAAAGAUCUUCACGAGCAAUUCCACAAUCAGUUACAAAGAUCUCAAGAUGGCUUUUCUGUUGUUGCUGAUUACUUUGGAAGAGGAGUAUUCAAUAAGGUCACCCUCAUCACAGACUCGCCAGCGAGGCAGCCCACCAAGACCCAACCCACCAGUAGAUUCGUGUAAAUAACACAAUUUCCUGGAUCAGUCGAGAAUAUUGUAUCCACACACCCUGCCUUAGUGCAGAUAGUGCAGAUACACACUGCCAUAGUGGAGAAUUUACAUAACAACCAGGAGAUGUGGGGUAACUUCCUUCAAGGACACAAAACAUUUCCAAGAACAAUUCUGUGAUUAUAUAGUGCAAUAUUGUUUCAGAUGCUCUAUGUGAAUUAAAUUGUUAACAUUUUUAAAAA